AGUGACGUCAGAGCUGGAGUGUAAGGGAAUGUCUUGGUGUCCUGACAGAGAGGAUGGCAUUGCCACAGAGUCGAGGCUGUUUGCGCGUCUCGCAGGCUUUAAGUCAUGAUGACUGGAACAAAGACGAGUCGCUCUGGGAAAGCAAAGCUGAUUCAUAUUUCAAAUGGCACAGUGCCCUUCCGAGGGCCAGAAGGACUGGAAAGUAGGGAGAGCACCAUAGCUGGAGGCUGCCUUUGGGUCAAUGAGCCUUCCCAACUCCUCCUACGUCUUCGAAGACAAGAUGUGUGAGGGGAACAAGACCACCAUGGCUAUCCCCCAACUGCUGCCCCUGGUGGUGGUCCUGAGCAGCAUCUCCCUGGUCACCGUGGGCCUCAACCUGCUGGUGCUGUAUGCCGUACACAGCGAGCGGAAGCUGCACACCGUGGGAAACCUGUAUAUCGUCAGCCUCUCCGUGGCAGACCUGAUCGUGGGUGCUGUCGUCAUGCCCAUGAACAUCCUCUACCUCUUCAUGUCCAAGUGGUCCCUGGGCCGCCCCCUCUGCCUCUUUUGGCUGUCCAUGGACUACGUGGCCAGCACGGCAUCCAUUUUCAGUGUCUUCAUCUUGUGCAUUGAUCGCUACCGCUCUGUUCAGCAGCCCCUCCGGUACCUGAGGUAUCGUACCAAGACCCGAGCAUCAGCUACCAUCUUGGGAGCCUGGUUUCUCUCUUUCCUGUGGGUCAUUCCCAUUCUAGGGUGGCAUCACUUCAUGCCCCAGGACUCAGGGCGCCGGGAAGACAAGUGUGAGACGGACUUCUACGAUGUCACCUGGUUCAAGAUCAUGACCGCCAUCAUCAACUUCUACCUGCCCACCUUGCUCAUGCUGUGGUUCUACAUCAAGAUCUACAAGGCCGUGCGGCAACACUGUCAGCACCGCCAGCUCACCAAUGGGUCGUUCCCUUUCUUCUUGGAAAUCAAGCUGAGGUCAGAGAAUGCCAGGGAAGGCACCAAGAAAACUGGGAAGGAGUCUCCCUGGGGGGCUCUGAAAAGGUCAUCCAAAGAUAUCAGUGAUGGGCCAGAUCCGAAGUCACCAUCCCAAGACCCCAAGGAGAUGAACUCUCCAACCAUCUUCAGCCAAGAGGAGGACGAAGAAGCAGCCACACUUCAGUGCUUCCGGCUUGACAUUGGGCAGACUCCGACUGUGUCCGAGGGAGAUGGCAAGGGUUAUGAAGCCAGUGGCCAGACUCUGAGCCAGCUCAAGGCAAAUGAGCGGAGCCCGAACACAUGUCAGGUCAGUGAGACAUCAGAAAUUCGGACCUUGGCUGACCGGCAGUCCUUCUCGCGAACUACAGACUCAGACAUGAGCACAGAACCAGCGCCAGGCAGAGGCAAAUUGAGAAGUGGGUCUAACACCGGCCUAGAUUACAUCAAGAUCACUUGGAAGAGGCUCCGCUCCCAUUCCAGACAGUACGUGUCAGGGUUGCACUUGAACCGGGAGCGGAAGGCUGCCAAGCAGUUGGGUUUUAUCAUGGCAGCCUUCAUCCUCUGCUGGAUUCCCUACUUCAUCUUCUUCAUGGUGAUCGCCUUCUGCAAGAGCUGCUGCAAUGAACCCGUGCACAUGUUCACCAUCUGGCUGGGCUACAUCAACUCCACGCUGAACCCACUCAUCUACCCACUGUGCAAUGAGAACUUCAAGAAGACGUUCAAGAAGAUUCUGCACAUUCACUCCUAAGGAACACAUUAAGGGGAUGCAGAUGGUGUCCAAGGAAGAACCAGAGGAGGAGACCCUGGUGCUGCUACGCCCCUGGGCUUUCUGGAGUGGAAAGUGGUCUUAAGGGCUGCACAGUAUGGAAGUGUGCUUAGGGAGAGUCAAAAGAGCAGCAGGAAGCAGGUGGCGGCUGAGCGGGCAGAAUUACUGUACUUGGAGUAGACAGCAGAAUGUUUUCAAGAGGUGAAGACCUGGGUGGAGCUCUCCUGCCCCUCAGGGAACAUGAGAGUCUCAGAUCCUCAUUGUAACUCAAGCUUUCAGACUGGAAUGAAUGGGUAACAGAAGGGAUCCAUGGCUAGAGUUCUACUGGGGAAUUAGAUGGUCUCCUGGCAUGUUUCUACACAGAGCUGUGUGACUGUGCAGAAGUGCACACAGAUGCUGUUACCUACCAGGGGUCACCUGGAGAGGCAUGGUAGCUACUCCAUUGUGACUGCCACUUUUCAGAGCACCUCUCUCUUGUGAGCCUCUUUUAUAGCUUUCUCCAGAGCUCAUGUCAGAACCCUUGGAAACUGCCUUAUUCUUCCUCCCUCACCAAUGUCUUAGUAGUAAAUCAUGCGGCUUGCAAGUCCAUCGUCUUCAGCCUUCAUUUCCUCCUGGCUAUUAAAAACUGCUCUAAAGACUAAGAAGAAGGAAAUGUUUUUGAGUGGUUGCAUAUCAAAAGCAGAACAAAAAAAAUAAAAAAAGAGGGCUGGAGAGAUGGCUUAGCAGUUAAGGCAUUUGCCUGCAAAGCCAAAGGACUUCAGUUUGAUUCUCCAGGUCCCAC